AUGAGCACCGUGCCCAUGCAGUCGCUGUCGCGACCGGUGCUGGCGCUGGCAGAGCUGCGCACUCUGGACCACCGGGCACUGCAGGUUCUCACCGAGCGCCUGAAGUCCGGCAGGCUCCUCUCACUGAGCCCUACGGCAUUUGUGUCCCUGGCAUAUGCGCACCGCCUGGUCCGGGGCCCGGUGCCUCUGGAGCCGCUGCGCCGGCCCAUGUGCCUGGCCUUCGGCGCGCUGCUGCACGCCAUGGAGCCCAAGCAGGUGGCCAGCUGUGUGGAGAGCCUGAAGGGCUACUCCUACAAGGCUUUCGGCCACGUCUUCCAGGCUGCCUACGUGCGCCUGGCCCGGGCGCUUGAGGAGCAAGCGCAAGGCAUUGGCUGCGAGCAUCCGUGGGCCAUGCUCACGCCGGCUGAGGCAGCUGCUGCGGUGCGUUCCUUUCCCGAGCUGAAGUUUGAGGAGAACCGGACCUCCUGGUGCGCACGCUGCAAGCUCUGA